AGAAAUGGAAAAACCUAUUUGUCAUUCUCCACCCCACUUCUGAUUUUCUCCUGCUCCUGUCUGAGACUUUCCCAGUCCUUCAACAGUCCCACAUUUUCAUCCUCUGUCCCCGCAAAAUCACAAAUUUCCCUCCUCCAUCUUCUCAGUUCAAUAGUUACCUUCUACCCAGACUUCAGCCUGGCCGGCACAACCAUUCCAGCUAAAGGGGAGGAGGACUUCCUCACGCUGGCCGCCUCACGGCUCAGCCGCAAGAAACGCGUCAUCGGGGCUGGAGUUGGCGUGGCCAUGGUCCUGGUCCUGCUGGUGGCGAUUCCCCUAUUGGUCCACACCACCAAGGGGGGAGGGUCGGGGGGAGGGAGCACGCAUUACGAGAUGCUCGGGAGCUGCAAGAUGGUGUGUGACACUUUCACCCCCCCACAGGGAGAGCUGACAGCCGUCUCCCCUCAACCCCCAGACUUCCCCAACCGCAGGGGCAAACAGGGCUUCAGAGGGAGCCCCGGACUUCCUGGUCCUCCAGGUCCUAAGGGGCCCCCAGGAGAGCCCGGUAAGCCCGGCCCGCCUGGUCCACCGGGACCUGGACCCGGCGGUUAUGGCUCUUCCUUCUACAGUCCUAAAAUCGCCUUCUACGCCGGCCUCCGCAAACAACACGAAGGGAGUGAGAUACUCAAGUUUGAUGACGUGGUGACCAAUGUAGGGAACUACUAUGAGCCGAGUACUGGCAAGUUCACCUGCCCUCUGCCUGGCAUCUACUACUUCACCUACCACGUCCUGAUGAGAGGCGGCGACGGGACGAGCAUGUGGGCCGACCUGAAGAAGAACGGGCAGGUGAGGGCAAGUGCAAUCGCUCAAGAUGCAGAUCAGAAUUACGACUACGCCUCCAACAGUGUCAUCCUGCACCUGGACGUCGGGGACGAAGUGUGCGUACAGCUAGACGGGGGCAAAGUUCACGGGGGAAACACCAACAAAUACAGCACCUUCUCUGGCUUCCUCAUCUACCCCGACUGACAGGAUCCUCUCAUUCUCUCACUCCCUCUCUGUAAUCAAGCAAAAAGUCUCCCCUCCUUUCUCCAUCUAACACACCGUCCCUCCAUAGUGUCAUUUGUCAUUUUGCUGCUGUCUAGUACAUGAUGUCAUGACCACAGUUAAUAGAGUUGGAAGAGAAUUUGUGUAAAAAAGAAUAUAGUAUUAUAUAUAUUAUCAGAUAACAUUUACUUCUGAUACACACAUCUGUGUGAUCAUCAUUCUGUGCCAUCUGUCAGCACGGCUAAAACACAUCAUUCACACCCUCGUUCACACGCACACAUUCAUCUGUACACACAUUAAUGCAGGUGUCGACACAUUAAUUAAACUCCAAUUGUUACUCUGAGACACGGUUUCAGCCGCCGGCCUGAAAUCCACUGAAAUGAUAUCUGUCAGUCGCAGUGUGAGUAUUUGGCUGCAGCCGCUCGCCUUGACUGAGAAAUGGAUUUUCAAUAUGGCCCUAGACACCAAACAAGAAAAGUCAUGAAUAUAUUGAUCACAGCUGAUAAAACAGCCAGCUUCAUGAUCGUAAUCCAACAUCUUGUAUGUCUGUGUCUUCAUGCCUGUGUGCGAGUGCAUAUGUGUGGGUCUGCCCUUGGUUUGUUGACGUGUGAAAAGCAUCCCAUCCCUGCUGCAGUCUGACUCCUGCAGCAGGGAGGAAAGGUGUCAAGUUGUUGGUAACAGUCCUUUAACACACACAGUAUAUCAAUACUGAGGUUUAGCUAUGAGAGUUUUCCUGAUCUCCUGACGGAGCCUCAUCAUAUCCUGCUAACAAGCCGAGGCCCCUCUACAGCCUCACCUCUCCAGACUGAAAUAGUUUGACACUUUAGGAAAUAUGCUCAUUUGCUUUCUUGCUGAGAGUUUGAUGAGAAGAUUAUGGCCUGCAGUGUGUUACGUAGCCAGUUUAUAGGGGAAAAGAAGUAAAACAUGUUGGAAAUCACAAGUGUUUACAGUUGCUCUACGUGUCCACACUGCUAGAUGGUGCUAAAAGCUGGUUGUCGUAGAAAGCUUAAACACUUCUUCCUCUCGUGGAAAGCUUUCAUCGGGCUGCACUCCCUCCCGAGUUUGCAGGAAAAGUGAUAGAAAUAGUUGUGUACUGAAUUAAAAACAGAGAGUGGCUCAAACCAUCUUUCCUUACCUCCGCGCUGCAGACAAAGGUUAAAUGUUGGUUUGUAAGAAAGUUCCUUCCCAAAAUGUGAAACUAUUUCUUUAAUUUUACCGUGAAUGUACACAUGUGAAGAUGUUUUUGAAAUGCAGGUGAUUGUUGUCGAUGUUUUACUGCCAUAUGCCAUACCUAUAGGUUCUCUGUGCCUUAUAAUAUCAAUUUAUUUUUCUUUUUUAUGCAUGAGAUAAUUUCCCUUGUUGAAUCUGAGCUACAUGAAGAAGCUGAUUCGUGUAAUACACACAGCGAUCUGACAGGGAUUUCCUAUUUCCAACGCGGGCAGCGGUCCUUCAACACGUUAAUACGUACUCGCUUGAUGAAAUGCAGAUGCUAACUGCAGACAGUGACUGUGAAUCUUUGUAUGUAGCUGGAUGUAACUCACUCCAGGUGGAACAAAAGAAGCAUGACGCUGUGUAAUUUAAAUUCUGCAUUCAAAAAAUAUAUAAAUAUGUUCAUGUAAGCAAAUUAUUGCAUUUAACAACAGUUUUUUUUCAUAUUAUGCUUAGACGGGUCCAAUAUAAAAAAUUCUUUGUAGGUUUAGUGCCACACAAGAGGAAAGCUUCAUAUUGGUCUAAUAAUACAUUUAAAACAUGUGGCAGAAACUUUAUCGUCCCACCACGCUGGGUAGCAUGACUGUACCCAGAUGAUAUUUGGAUGUGAAUUAUUCUGAUCAACUCUUCAUUCUUGUGCUGUAAUUGAAAAACCAUUAUGACGCUGUAUAUUGUACACAGACAUUUUCCCCCCCAAAGUGGCUUUACAUAACCUCUGUGCCAUGCUGCAUCUUACUGUGUGUGUUUCCUGGCGCUGUUACCUUUGUUUGCAAGCAGUAUGGAUUCAUCGCUGUCGCUGUACUUUGCGAGCUGAGUUGUGUGUAUUUGUUAUGUAUGAAAUCUGCAUAGAUUUUUCUCUGCCCUUGAAGACCAUGAAAUAUAAUAAAAAGAAAAUUCUGGAUUA